AUGGCUACAUCUCCGAGCGUUGCGGUACAUUCCUCCCCACUGUCCGGCAAUGUUCUGUUCUCUACGAAACUUUGCCAGCCGGGAAACGUUUUGGUGUCAAAAGAGCGACCGGCUCUGGCCAUCCUCGGUGAAGACGAACUGCCAUAUACUUGCUCGUGGUGCUUCAUAUAUUCCCCACUGCCCCUCGUUUGUCGGGGAGGCGACAGCUUCAAUGGUCUGGAUGGCGGUCGUUGUGGACGCUGUCGGACUGUAAGAUACUGUAGCAAAGCAUGCCAACAGGCAUCGUGGAGGGCCGAUCACAAACACGAGUGCAAGGCUUUUGAAAGCAUAUCAGAGCCAUGGCCUAUAGCCAUCAGGGUAGGUGCCCGGAUUCUUCGCAGCCUUCAGAGUGGAAAGCCUACCUUCAAGCAGUUUUUCGAGCGCAAGUCUCAUAUAUUGACGCUGAAGCACACUCAACGUGAGAAGUACGAGUUGUACCAAACAAUGGCGCACGAUGCUUGGGAACUGGCCGACUGUCCUUCUGACUAUAACAUCGAGGCAGCGGAGCAUCUGAUGUCCUUGCUGCUUUGCAACAGCCUCACCCUCACCACACCUGCUGAUGACCCACUGGGUCUCGCAGUCGAGCCGCUGAUAAGCAAUGCGAACCACUCUUGCACACCAAACGCUUGCAUCGUUUUCGAAGGACCUCGCAUGCAGCUCAGGUCGUUCCAGCAGAUACAGCCCGACGAAGAGAUUGUGAUCAGCUACGUUGACCAGCACGGCCUCUUCCAUGCUCGGCAAUCUGCCCUCCGGCACCGUUACCACUUCGCCUGCACUUGUUCAAAGUGCAAGCUUGGGAUUCAAGCACCUCUACAACAGUUCCUAGCGGCCUCCGACAAGAUUUCGAAUGUCAGCAAGCAAGAAGCUGAUGCCCUACUGGAGAAGCUGGUCGCCGAUCCGACCCUGGCAGAGCAUCAUCUGGGAGAUUCCACCUCCGAGCGUCAGCUUGCCGCACUUCAAGCUCACGGGCACACCAGUUUGCGGCCCAGUCGAUCUCUGUACCAGGGCGACGCGAGCAAUGUCUUCCUGAAAGCCAUGCAAGCCUGUACCGCGACUGAAAUCUGGCCGGACACGAGGCCACCACUUCCGGCUCUCUACCAUAGCUACCUGCACCGACGACUGGGCAACGAAGACCUGUCCCAGGCUCUACUGGCUGCCAUGAAGCUUGUCUUCGUCAUUGACUCUGUGCUGUAUCCACAGGAGUUUCAUCCGGUACGAGUGGUGCACGCCUUUCACCUUGGUUCCGCGGCCAAGGCUCUCCACGUGACCAAGCACCCUAUCUGUCGAAGACUGGAACGACUUGAUAUUGACCUCGACAUACUGUUCGAUGGACUGAUCAUACAUCUAGAUGAAGCCAUCGAGAAGAGCCACGGACGUGAUUCACAGUUGGGGAUGCUGAUAGGAAAGAACAUGAACUUCCUCAAGAGUAGUAGAGCUCCGAUCAUGGCGAUGUUCGGGUGGACCGAGGAACAGUGGGCGCUCAAUAUGAGUGUCCAGGUGGCUGCCAAUUGGAUGAAGGUCGAGAAGGUGGCGAAGAAUAUCACCGUUGAGCCAGCUGGGUUGCGAUUUGAAGGCUGA